CAGAAAAUCGUAACAAUCUUCAAGUCGCUUCUUCGAGUGCGGUUACGCAAGCUCGAUCGGGAACAUCGGAAAGCCAAGAUUAUCAAAAAGUGCAAAAAGACCUCAACUAUAAAGAAACGUUUGAUGACAAUGGAGAUAUUAUAACUGAUGGUACCAGUGAUGCUGAUAGUUAUUUGCGAAAAGCAGUAGAGUCUAUGGUUGGGAACAUGGAAAGUGAUGCAGUGACAGUGGAUGAUUUCGAUUUGGAAGAAGUUUUCGAAAAAUACUGUGAUGAAUGCGAAAAUGUAUUUGACGACAUUAUGGAUUUAAGGCCCACCUCACAACUGACAAAGAUUAUUCCAGAAGUAACGUGGGAGAAAUUUAUCUUGGAUACGUAUCCUGAUUAUAAAAUACCAGAAAAUGGGAAGAAUCAAUACAAACCAAAAGACACUUUUGCCGAAUGGGAGAAAACUUGGCGCGGACUUUUUGACGAAAAAGAAAGUAACGAAGAUCUGGUGAUAAAGGAUGUAUUACACAACAUACUCUCCCCAUAUAUUGAAGCUUUUAAAGCACCGUUUAACAUAUUAAAAUCCAGCGAUCUUGAAGAGAAACAAUACAGCGCACAAUUUGUAAUUCCCGUUUUAAAAAACACACUCAAAGCUGUUUGUGACGUGGAUUGGAGAGUUCUUGAGGUUCCAAUCAGAAGCAGUAAAUAUCGACGUAAUUCUAAUAUCAACCCAUUCAUCGAUAAAAUUUUAAGUGCAAAACGUGCGGACGGCCUGGCUCGCCUCUGGCGAAGCCAGGAAGAAAUAUUCAUAUAUGAACAGACAGGACCGCCGGAUGUUGAUGAUAUCACUGAUUUUUACAUCCACGAUUAUAAGUUGGUUCGAACCAUGCGUGAUGUCCUGAAUCAACGGAUAAUUCUUCGUCUCCACAACGGCAUAAAAGAUUACAAUAACUUGGCGAGUUUUGGGGCUCUGGGACACCGCGAUGAAGUCUCUUUGCUUUGGUGCACGAUUCACCCAAAAUCAUAUUGCUUACGCGAAUAUGGCUGUUUUCGUAUUCCCGCAAUAUGGCAGGAUCUUCCCCUUUUAUCCGAGGCAAUAAUAUCAUGCUUGAAAUAUUUUUCCUUCAUGAAAAACAGCAUAACGAAAAUUGAGCCACAUAUCGAACAAAAAUUGAAAUUACUUGCAAAGCGGAAGGGGUAUGCUGAACUAAUUGGAGAUCUCAGAAAAGGGUUUAAAGUUUAUAUUCCGAUGUUUGCCAGCGCGGAGAUGGCAGAAGCUGAAUUAGCAUCUCAUGGGAAUAAAGCGACUCCUGUGAUGACUUGUGGAACCGUGAAGACUUACUACGCUUUAUCAGUUAUCGAUGUAAUGUUGCGGAAUAUCCUGAAGUUUAUUGCGAUAAAACAUUUACUCCCAAUGGAAGGUGGAUUUACAGGCCGAAAUGCUUCUUUGGAAACGCAUCUCUAUAAUGCACCCCCGUCGCAAUGCAUCUAG